AUGACGUCCGGCAACAUGAAGUUCAAUGGUUACUUGAGGGUCCGCAUCGGCGAGGCUGUGGGGCUGCAGCCCACCCGCUGGUCCCUGCGCCACUCGCUUUUCAAGAAGGGCUACCAGCUGCUCGACCCCUACCUGACGGUGAGCGUAGACCAGGUGCGCGUGGGCCAGACCAGCACCAAACAGAAGACCAACAAACCCACGUACAAUGAGGAGUUCUGCGCCAACGUCACGGACGGUGGCCACCUCGAACUGGCCGUCUUCCACGAGACGCCCCUGGGCUAUGACCACUUCGUGGCCAACUGCACUCUGCAAUUCCAGGAGCUGCUGCGCACCGCCGGCGCCUCGGACACCUUCGAGGGCUGGGUGGAUCUGGAGCCAGAAGGGAAAGUAUUUGUGGUAAUAACCCUAACAGGGAGCUUCACUGAAGCAACUCUCCAGAGAGACCGAAUCUUCAAACAUUUUACCAGGAAGCGCCAAAGGGCUAUGCGAAGGCGUGUCCACCAAAUCAAUGGACACAAGUUUAUGGCCACAUACCUGAGGCAGCCCACCUACUGCUCUCACUGCAGGGAGUUCAUCUGGGGAGUAUUUGGGAAACAGGGUUAUCAAUGUCAAGUGUGCACCUGUGUCGUCCAUAAGCGCUGCCAUCACCUAAUUGUUACGGCCUGCACUUGCCAAAAUAAUAUUAACAAAGUGGAUUCAAAGAUUGCUGAACAGAGGUUCGGAAUCAACAUCCCGCACAAAUUCAGCGUCCACAACUACAAAGUGCCAACGUUCUGCGAUCACUGUGGCUCCCUGCUCUGGGGGAUAAUGCGACAAGGACUUCAGUGUAAAAUAUGUAAGAUGAAUGUCCACAUUCGAUGCCAGGCAAACGUGGCCCCUAACUGUGGGGUGAACGCGGUGGAGCUCGCCAAGACCCUGGCCGGGAUGGGCCUCCAGCCCGGAAAUAUUUCUCCAACCUCGAAGCUCGUUUCCAGGUCGACUCUAAGACGACAGGGAAGGGAAAGCACCAAAGAAGGAAAUGGGAUCGGGGUUAACUCUUCCAGCCGACUUGGUAUCGACAACUUUGAGUUCAUCCGAGUGUUGGGGAAGGGGAGUUUCGGGAAGGUGAUGCUGGCAAGAAUAAAAGAAACCGGAGACCUCUAUGCCGUGAAGGUGUUGAAGAAGGAUGUGAUCCUGCAGGAUGACGAUGUGGAAUGCACAAUGACAGAAAAAAGGAUCCUGUCCUUGGCUCGCAAUCACCCCUUCCUCACUCAGUUGUUCUGCUGCUUUCAAACGCCUGAUCGCCUGUUCUUCGUGAUGGAGUUUGUGAAUGGGGGCGACUUGAUGUUUCACAUUCAAAAGUCUCGUCGUUUUGAUGAAGCACGAGCUCGUUUCUAUGCUGCAGAAAUCAUUUCAGCACUCAUGUUCCUACACGAGAAAGGGAUCAUCUACAGAGAUCUCAAACUGGACAACGUCCUGUUGGACCACGAGGGUCACUGUAAACUGGCGGACUUCGGGAUGUGCAAGGAGGGGAUUUGUAAUGGAGUCACCACAGCAACCUUCUGUGGCACACCCGAUUAUAUUGCUCCAGAGAUCCUCCAGGAAAUGCUCUACGGACCUGCAGUAGAUUGGUGGGCAAUGGGCGUGUUGCUCUACGAGAUGCUGUGUGGUCACGCCCCCUUUGAGGCAGAGAACGAAGAUGACCUCUUUGAAGCCAUACUGAACGAUGAAGUGGUUUACCCAACAUGGCUCCAUGAAGAUGCCACAGGGAUCCUGAAAUCUUUCAUGACCAAGAACCCCACCAUGCGCCUAGGCAGCCUGACUCAGGGUGGUGAGCAUGCCAUCCUGAGGCAUCCUUUCUUUAAGGAAAUCGACUGGGCCCAGCUGAACCAUCGCCAAGUAGAACCACCUUUUAGACCCAGAAUCAAAUCCCGAGAAGAUGUCAGUAAUUUUGACCCUGACUUCAUUAAGGAAGAGCCAGUUUUAACCCCAAUUGAUGAGGGGCAUCUUCCUAUGAUUAACCAGGAUGAAUUUAGAAACUUUUCCUUUGUGUCUCCAGAAUUACAACCUUAG